AUGACAGACACCGAGAAACAAGACACAGCUCCCACGCCAUCACCACUCCGGGUAACUGACUGGAAUGGACCAGAUGACCUAGAUAACCCGCACAACUGGCCACUGUGGCUACGGGUCUACCACGCCACAACACCAGGCCUCUUCGGUUUCGCAGUCACGUUCGGCACCUCGGUGUACACACCAGCUCUCGCAGACAUCAUGGCCGACUUCAACGUCUCGCGUACUGCGGCGUUGGUAGGUAUCACAGUGUACACACUCGGUCUCGCUUUUGGACCUAUCAUGUCAGCCCCCUUGAGUGAGAAGCAUGGCCGAAAGAUCGUUUACCUUCUCUCGUCGCCGAUCUUCAUGCUGUUCACACUCGGCGCAGGAUUCAGCAAGAGCUUCGCUAGCUUGAUCGUGUGCCGGUUCUUUGCUGGCCUUACCGGGAGUCCGGCGCUUGCGGUUGGUGCGGGGAGUAAUGCAGACUUGUUCCCACCGCAUCAGCGUGCGAAGAUUACUGCUGUCUUCUUGAUGGCUCCAUUUGCGGGACCAUCACUGGGACCUGUAGUUGGUGGCUUUGCUGCUCAAUACAAGGGUUGGCGCUGGACACAGUGGUGCAUGAUCUUCAUCACAAUGGCCGUGUACAUCGCUUCUCUUCCCAUGAAGGAGACCUACAAACCCAUCAUCCUAGCUCGUCGAGCAAAGAGACUCGGUCUUGACACCAAGCCAGCUGGCAGCCCCGGAGCAGCGGCAGUGAAACGGUCAAUCAUCACAAACUUGUUCCGGCCAAUGCACAUGCUGGUCACCGAGCCAGUAGUCUUCUUCCUCUCCCUCUACACCGCCUUUGCCUUCGGCGUCCUCUUCCUCCUCUUCGCCGCCUUCCCAUACAUCUUUGCGCGCCCACCUUACUCGUUCAACAUUUCGCAAUCCGGUCUUGCCUUCCUCGCUAUCGGCUUUGGCGUCCUCCUGGGUGGAUUUACUGGUGUACUUAUCGAUCACUUCAUAUACCAAGCCCAACAUCGCGCGGCGCUCGCUCGAGGUGAGGCACAUGCUGCGCCUGAGCACCGACUGUACAACGCUAUGAUGGGGAGCGGGGGUAUUCUGGUGGGAUUGUUCUGGGUUGGAUGGAGUGCUGGGAAGGGUGCGCAUUGGGCUAUUGUGCUGGUUGGGAGUGUGCCGUUCGCUUGGGGCAAUUUGUGUCUGUUUACAAGUGCAGCGCUGUACAUGACGGACGUCUAUGGACCGCUGAACGGCGCGUCUGCUAUCGCAGCAAAUGGCAUCUUCAGGUACACCCUCGGGGCUGUAUUUCCGCUGUUCACAGUGCAGAUGUAUUCGACGCUCGGCAUAGCAUGGGCUACAUCGCUUCUGGGAUUUGUGUCGAUACUCAUGCUGCCCAUUCCCUGGGUGUUCUACAAGUGGGGCCCGAGGAUCCGAGCGAGGAGUCGCUACCCGGUCAUGAUGUAG